CCCCGAAGAGAGAAGACACGAGGAAACAGGCUCCUGCCUAGACACAGCACCAUGCAUCUUCUCGGCCCCUCGCUCCUGCUCCUUGAAUACUUGGCCUUCUCUGACCAAUGGGAGUUUGAGCACCCCCACACCGUCUACUCCUGGGAAGGGGCCUGCGUCUGGAUUCCCUGUCGCUACAGAAUUCCAAUGAGCAAAGGUUUUCUGGAAAACCUGACCCUGUACCACAACUAUCAAUAUAACGAGACCCACAAAAACUUCAAUGGGAACAUCCUUUAUGAGGCUGUGAAGGCUGGGAAGAUUCUGCCUUACCAUGACAAGUUUCGAUUUGUGGGAGACAGAAAAUCCAACUGCACCAUACGCAUCUACCCUGUGUCCGUCAACGAGAGUGGCUGGCUUGGGCUAAGAGUGACAACGAAGAAUGACAAAUGGAUGGAGAGAAUAGACCUCAAUGUCUCUAAGACGCCUCUCUCACCUCACAUCCAGCUCCCUCCAGAAAUCCAUGAAUCCCAGGAAGUCACUCUGACCUGCUCGCUGAAUUCCGCCUGCCCCGAGUACCAGAUCCAGCUGAAGUGGUCCCUGGAGGAGCCUGCUGUCACCUCCACCCUCCUGACCACCAAGACCAUCUCCACGCAGAGCAAGCUCACCUUCCAGCCGCAGUGGACUCACCAUGGCAAGAAUCUUUCCUGCCAGCUCUGGGACCACGAAGACAAGCAGAUGCUCUCUGAGGAAACCGUGAAGCUGGACGUAAAGCAUGUCCCAAAGCUGAAGAUUGAGGCCAGUCCCAGAGAAGCCAACGUAACAGAGGGAGAGUCUGUGACCAUGACAUGCCAGGUCCUCAGCAGCAACCCCCCGCACUGGAAUAUAGCCUGGCUCAAGGAUGGGACCCGGCUAAUGGAACAGGAGACACUCACGCUGACUCUGUCCUCUGUGACCAAGGAGAUGAGUGGAAAGUACCAGUGUGAGGCCUCCAAUGAAAUAGGCUCAGGACAGUCGGAAGAAGUGGUCCUUCAAGUAUACCAUGCUCCGGGACCUUCCAGGGUUGAGAUCCUCUCCUCACCAGCUAAGGAGGGAGACAAAGUAGAGAUGACUUGUGUGUCACUGGCCAACCCUCCUCCAACAAAUUACACCUGGUAUCACAAUGAUAUAAAAGUGCCGGGAAGGACAAGCAAGACCUUCCAGAUCCCAGAGGUUGUCCUCGGGCAUGCUGGGCAUUAUUCCUGCUUGGCAGAAAACAGACUUGGUCCUGGACAAGUUGGCCAGGAAGCUGAGUUAGACGUCCAAUAUCCUCCCAAGGAGGUAACCACAGUGAUUCAAAACCCCACACCGAUUCGAGAAGGAGACAAUGUGACCCUGUCCUGUAACUACAAUUCCAGUAAUCCCGGAGUUACCCGGUACGAAUGGAACUUCCAAGGCUCCUGGAAAAGGCAACUCCGCAAAGUGCUGAUAAUUGAGAAAGUUUCCUGGGACGCCAGACCAGUGUCCUGUGCAGCCUGCAAUCAGUGGUGUUCGCGGGCUUCCUCUGUCAACCUGGAUGUCCAGCAUGCCCCGAGGGACGUCAGGGUCCAGCAGAUCAGCCCCUCUUCUGAGAUUCACUCCGGGCACCGAGUCCUCCUUGGAUGUAACUUCUCUAGUAGCCGCCCCAGAGACGUCCGCUUCUUCUGGAAGAAAAAUGGAAUCUUUCUGAAGGAAGGAAGAGAACUGAGCUUUGACGCCAUCUCUCCAGAAGACGCUGGCAAUUACAACUGCUUGGUCAACAACUCCAUAGGACAGACCGUGUCUGAGGCCAGGAUGCUCCACGUGCUGUAUGCACCCAGGAGGCUGCGUGUGUCCAUCGGCCCAAAGGACAGAGUGACAGAGGGGAAGAAAGCAGUCCUGACAUGCGAGGGCGACGCCAACCCUCCCAUCUUCCAGUAUACCUGGUUUGACCAGAAUAACCAAAACCUCCAGCAUUAUGAUCAGAUGCUGAGACUGGAUCCCGUGAAGGUCCAGCACACCGGAGCCUAUCGGUGCCAGGCGCUCAACCGGCUGGGCGUGGGCCGGUCGCCCCCCAGCACCCUCACUGUCUACUACAGCCCAGAGACCAUCGGCAGGCGAGUGGCUGUGGGAGUGGGGUUCUGCCUGGCCGCCCUCCUCCUGGCGUUCUGGGGGGUCAAACUUCAGAAAAGCUGGAAGAAGAAACGGAGCCAGCAGGAGGCCCAGGAAAAUUCCAGUGGGCAGAGCUUCUUUGUGAGGAAUAAAAAGGUUAGAAGGGCCCCGUUCUCCGAAGACCCCCACUCCCUGGGGUGCUACAAUCCGGUGAUGGAAGAUGCCAUCAGUUACGCGACUUUGCGCUUUCCUGUCAGUGACGCUGACGCACCAAGAAUUGGAGACGCAGGGACCCCAGAGACAGAGGGACCUUCCCCAAACAGGGACAGCACGGUCACUUACUCUGUGCUGCAGAAGCAUCGAGUGGGAGACUACGAGAACGUGGUUUCAGAGAGUCCGGAAGACGAGGGGAUACAUUACUCCGAGCUGGUUCACCUGGGGAUUAGGGAGCGGCCUCUGGCCCAGGAAGCGGUGGAAUACGUGACCCUCAAGCACUGACGAGCCCAGCCCGCAGAAGCAGAGGCGCCUGGGGACUGCGGGGGCCAGGCGCUCCCGGAGCUGGCCCCGGCCCUGCCGCUCAGCUGCAAGGCUACACCGCCUCCGCUCCACAUCCAUGCACAUGCACACGCGCACACUUACGGAAGCCCCAGCCAGUGCCCAGAACUUUGUACGUGGCUGGAGACAGUCUUCCUUCUCAACGUUGGUAGCCCUGACUCUCCCACAGGCCUGCUCCGGGUCUGCUCUUUUCCACCCAGAAAGUCAUCUCAACACCUACCUGGCACCGCACGAACCCCCUGCCCCUCCCCCACCAUCUGCCACCACCCAUCCCUUGGGUCUCAGACCCCUUCCCCAGCUGGCCGUGUUCCUGCUGGGACCAGCUUGUUACUAUACUGUUUUCUUACCCUCUCCAUCCCUUGGGCCCCCCUUACCUGUGCUCUGAAAGCCCCCUCAUUAAUCCUGUGCCUGAUUUCUGCCUCUGGGGCAAAGCCCAGGGAAGGAGGGACAGAGAGAGAAGAGGGAGAAGGAGGUGCUGGCCCGCGCUGGUUUCUCCUCCACGUGUCAGCGAGGCAUUCCAUGCGGAGAGGAUUACGCUGCUGAGCCCCACCGCUCGGGGGUCUUGUGGUCUGAGACACACAGUGGUGUGGACAGAUGUGUAACGAACACAGAGCUGCACAAUAAAAACAGCUCAGAUACCA